ACAAUCUCUCUCUCUCUCAUUCAGGAGGCAGGCUCCCUCGAAAGAGUCCCUAAGUUAGGCAGUUCCUAACAAGUUGGUAUCAGAGCCAAGAUGCCCAGCACAAGGUCAUCCACAAUGGAGAACAGAGUCGACAACAUGGAAGGAGAAAUGCAAAGAAUAUCGGCUGACGUCAAAGAAAUCAAAGAAAGCUUUGCAUCCUUGCUUGAACGAUUGGCACAGGCACCACCUGCGCCAAUUCAGGAAGAGCGCAGUGACACCAGUCAUCGAAGCGGAUCAAAAACAGCAAGAAUCGAGUUUCCCAUCUUCGCAGGGGGAGAUCCCACAUCCUGGCUUCUACGAACAGAAAGGUAUUUCGAUUACCACGACACACAGGGACCUGAUCGUGUCCCAUUAGCUUCUGCACACCUGGAAGGAGGGGCGAUUGUCUGGUACCAGUGGUACCGGCGACGGCACCCAAGAGCCACAUGGGCAAACUUCACCGACGCCUUAACCAUGCGAUUUGGAGUCUCGGCUUUUUCAUUGGUGCAAAUCCAAUCACCUCAAUUUGAGAUGAGAAGCAAUUCCCCAUUGGUAGCAAAUGGUUAUCCAUUACGCGGGGAAAUAGUAUUUAAAAAGCAGAAAGAUUCUGCUCCCACUCUUGCAAGAACGGACUAAUAGGGUCAGCUACCUAGCCAACCUUCAUAAUUAAAUGYCGUUACUG